AUGUCACCCUGCCUCCAUGAAGAACAAGCAGUGAUGCUGUACCGAGGCAUGUGUUUGUACCUUAAACCUGUUUUUCCGCUCUGGAAAUGUAUUACUUGCUGCAGCGAGAGUUUCAUGAACAGUAUGAAGAGGACAGAGGUAAACACGGACUCAUCCAGUGGAAACAUCCAGACAUCAGCAUGAUAUUUUAUUACUAGACAUUGAUUCUGAACAAGGAUAUAAAAGCUCAUAGGAUACAAGAUGAUCAUGGGAUAAUCUGGUACCUCUGCGAUUGCGCAGCUUUAAAACAGAGGGUGUGGUUAAUAAGGUUUCAGUUCUGGAGGCUUUUGUGUAAAUAUAUAUACUAGUGAAAUGGCUCUUUUUCAAAGAAGCCUCUCCGACAGCCUGCUGCUUGAAGAUAAUGUCUCUGGAGAGUACACAGACCUGCACUUUCUUGAAGGGGAAGAUAUAAUUGGUGCCAAUGAUCAGCUUGAGCUUAAAAGGAAUGGACAAAAGAAGAAUGGAGCUGUGGACAUUUUGAAGUUGAUUGACAAUGACAAGGAAUUGACAAAGCAUGGGUUGAAAUCCAGCAGAAGUUUGGAAAAUCUGGAUAUCAAAGCUCCAGUUGAGGUGUGGAAAGAUUCAUAUGACAGACUUUUCAAUGCUAAAGUCAAGAGAUUUCUAAAAGAAAGUCAAGUUGCAAAGGAUAAAAGGCAUAGCAAACAUAACAGUGGACCAGAGACAACUCAAACACUUGACCACAAAAGCAAGGUAAACGUUGCAACUUUGCUUCAGAAUGCAGAUCGGAUGUGUCUCAUGCCAUCUGAAACUGAAUUUGAUGAAAAAACGAGGUCAUCCAUUGGCCAUUAUGAUUCCAAGGAUUCUACAGGUGACCUGAAGAGAGCAAAGCUCAAAACCAACACUGCAAGAGAUUUUCCAUCACUUAAAUCCAAAGUGAACUUGACCGAUGUUGAGCAUGAAAUAAACCUACGGGGUGGAACAUAUACAGAUUUCAAAAAAGAUGUUGGUUUUAAUACACCAGAUCUUACACUCUCACAUGGCCAAGGAUCUCCUGUGAUGCACCACACAAAAGGACAUUUUAAGACCCCCAAAGCAGUGCUUAAUUCCUCUGAUAUGAAUAUGGAUGUACCAUCCGAUAAUGUCGAGAAAUCAAAAUUUAAACUCCCAAAAUUUAGCUUUUCUGGAAACAACAAUUCAGACAUCAAACAUGAUGCGAGUAUGAAAGGGUCACUCGCUGAAGUAGCUGCAGGGCUAAAUGGUCCUGAUCUACAAAUUGAUGGACCAAAGGUUAAUUACAAAGGUCUGAAAACAGACUUGGACAUGGACAUGUCAUCUGGAAAACCAAAAACUGCUUUUUCAGGGCCCAAGACAAUGAGAUCUGAAAUGGAUAUGUCAACUUCAAAGUUUAAUGCAGACUUUGAUUCACCUGACAUUAAAAUUAGAGGUCAAAAACCAGGCAUGGAUGUUGAUUUACCUAAAGGUCAAAUUAAAGCUUCAGAUUUAAAAACCCCCAAUCUUAACUUGAAUGCAUCUAAUCUUAUUGUUAAGGCUCCUUCAGGACCUAAUCUUAAAAUAAAGUCUUCAGACCUAAUUCUCAAAAAUUCCUAUCUUAAGGGGGGAAUUGACGACCCUGGUAGGGAUCUGACUUUUCGUCAUGCUGAUCUGAAAAACCCAAAUGACUUUGGCCUCACAUGCCCCAAAAUAAAAACACCUAAUUAUGACCUGAAGACCCCUGAAAUGGAUCUUUCAACUCCCAAGCUUAAGACUGGAUUCGAUUCAACAGAUAUCAACAUUAAAUGUCAGAAACCUGAUAUAACAGACACAAAUGUUGAUUUAUCUAAGGGUAAAAUCACAGUACCAAAUUUAAAAACACACAGUCGUGACUUCAAUGCAACUGAUUUGGACAUCAAUGCCCCUUCAGGUAAACUGAAACUGCCCAAAUUGGAGAUCUCUGGUAACAAGCCAGAAGGAUCCAGUCUUAAAAUCAAGUCUUCAGACCUGAAUCUCAAAACCCCCAAAAUUAAGGGUGGAAUUGAUACGCCAGAACUCAAUCUAACUCUGCCUCAAACUGAUUUAAAAGCCCCCCACAUAGAUAUCAAAUCACCUGAUAUUGAUGUUAAUGAUCCAUCAGGUAAACUAAAUAUGGCAAAACUAAAGAUGCCUAGGCCACAUAUGAAUGUUGAUGUUGAUGCUGACAUUGAACAGCAGGACCUUAAUCUGAGUGCGUUAACACCCAAACUUAAUGCAGGGAUAAAAAGUCCUCAUAUUGACAAUAAUGGACUGAAUGCUGAUAUCAAGGGUCCAAAAACAGAUCUUACACUACCGGACAUGGACAUGCCUUUAGGAAAAAAGAAAAUGCCCACUUUUAAAAUGCCUGAUUUUGGUCUUUUAGCCCCCAAUUUAAAAACGCCUGAUGCUGAUCUGAAGGCCCCUCAAGUGAAUCUGUCAGCUCCAAAGUUUAAGGGAGACUUUAAUUCCCCAGAUCUCAGCAUUAGUGGUCAUAAGCCAGAUAUAACACCACCAGACAUGAAUGUGGAUUUCCCUGAAGGUAAAAUUAAAGGAGCAAAUCUCAAGAAUCCAAAUUUUGACAUGGAUAGAGCAGAUUUUAAGAUGAACUCCCCUUCAAGUAAACUGAAGCUGCCAAAAUUUGGCUUCUCAAGUAGCAAGAAAAAAGGACCCGAUCUUAAAAUCAAAUCUCCAGACUUGAAUAUUAAAAGCCCCAAAUUGAAGGGAGGAAUUGGUACCCCAGACAUGGAUCUGACUCUGCCUCAAACAGAUUUAAAAGCUCCCAACCUAGAUAUCAAAUCUCCUGAUAUUGAUCUUAAUGGCCCUUCAGGUAAAUUGAGUAUGGCAAAAUUAAAAAUGCCCACUUUUGGUCUGCCAGUUUUAAAAGAGCCACAUAUGAAUGUGGAUGCUGACAUAGAUCGGCCGGACCUAAAUCUGAGUCCAUUAACUCCCAAGGUAAAUGCUGGGAUAAAUGGUCCAGAUAUUGACAUUCAUGGACCUCAUGCUGAUUUCAAAGGUCUGAAAACAGACCUUAAACUUCCUGACAUGGACAUGCCAUCUGGAAAAAAGAAAAUGCCCAAUUUCAAAAUGCCUAGUUUUGGUCUAUCUGGGCCAAAAUUGAAAACACCAGAUUAUAAUUUGAGGACCCCUGAAAUGAAUCUUUCCCCUUCAAAGUUUAAGGCAGACUUUGAUUCCCCAGACAUAAACCUAGGUAAUAACAUUGAUGUCACAGAUCCUAACUUGAAUGUUGACUUACCAAAAGGUAAAAUUAAAGGACCAGAUUUGAAGACACCCAAUCUUGACAUGAAUGCCCCUUCAGGUAAACUGAAACUGCCAACAUUUGGGCUUUCUGGUAAGCCAAAAGGCCCAGAUUUUAAAAUCAAUUCUCCAAAGCUGAAUCUCAAAAGCCCCAAAAUUAAGGGUGGAAUUGAUACCCCUGAAAUGGAUCUUUCAGCUCCAAAGUUUAAGGCAGACUUUGAUUCCCCAGAUCUAAACCUAGAUCAUAACCUUCAUGUCACAGCUCCUGACAUGAAUGUUGAUUUACCGAAAGGUAAAAUUACAGGACCAGAUUUGAAGACACCCGAUCUUGACAUGAAUGCCCCUUCAGGUAAACUGAAACUGCCAACAUUUGGGCUUUCUGGUAAGCCAAAAGGCCCAGAUCUUAAAAUCAAUUCUCCAAAGCUGAAUCUCAAAAGCCCCAAAAUUAAGGGUGGAAUUGAUACCCCAGACAUGAAUCUGACUCUGCCUCAAACUGAUUUCAAAAGCCCAAACCUAGAUAUCAAUUCUCCUGAUAUUGACCUUAAUGGCCCAUCAGGUAAAUUGAAUAUGGCAAAACCAAAAAUGCCAAGUUUAAAUAUGUCAGGUUUAAAAGGGCCACAUAUGGAUGCUGACAUUGAUCAUCCUGACCUGAAUCUGACUGCAUCAACACCCAAACUAAAUGCUGGGAUAAGUAGUCCAGAUAUUGACAUUCAUGGACCUAAUGCUGAUCUCAAAGGUCCAAAAAUGGACAAGCCAUCUGGAAAAAUGAAACUGCCAAACUUAAAAAUGCCUAAAUUUGGUCUAUCAGGGCCCAAAUUGAAAACACCUGAUUAUGAUUUGAAUACCCCUGAAAUGGAUCUUUCAGCUCCAAAGAUUAGGGCAGACUUUGAUUCUCCAGAUCUAAACCUAGAUCAUAACCUUCAUGUCACAGCUCCUGACAUGAAUGUUGAUUUACCGAAAGGUAAAAUUAAAGGACCAGAUUUGAAGACACCCGAUCUUGACAUGAAUGCCCCUUCAGGUAAACUGAAACUACCAAAAUUUGGGCUUUCUGGUAAGCCAAAAGGCCCAGAUCUUAAAAUCAAUUCUCCAAAGCUGAAUUUCAAAAGCCCCAAAAUUAAGGGUGGAAUUGAUACCCCAGACAUGGAUCUGACUCUGCCUCAAACUGAUUUCAAAAGCCCAAACCUAGAUAUCAAUUCUCCUGAUAUUGACCUUAACGGCCCAUCAGGUAAAUUGAAUAUGGCAAAACCAAAAAUGCCAAGUUUAAAUAUGUCAGGUUUAAAAGGGCCACAUAUGGAUGCUGACAUUGAUCAUCCUGACCUGAAUCUGACUGCAUCAACACCCAAACUAAAUGCUGGGAUAAGUAGUCCAGAUAUUGACAUUCAUGGACCUAAUGCUGAUCUCAAAGGUCCAAAAAUAGAGAUGCCAUCUGGAAAAAUGAAACUGCCGAAUUUAAAGAUACCUAAAUUUGGUUUAUCAGGGCCCAAAUUGAAAACACCUGAUUAUGAUCUGAAUACCCCUGAAAUGGAUCUUUCAGCUCCAAAGUUUAAGGCAGACUUUGAUUCCCCAGAUCUAAACCUAGAUCAUAACCUUCAUGUCACAGCUCCUGACAUGAAUGUUGAUUUACCGAAAGGUAAAAUUAAAGGACCAGAUUUGAAGACACCCGAUCUUGACAUGAAUGCCCCUUCAGGUAAACUGAAACUACCAAAAUUUUCGCUUUCUGGUAAGCCAAAAGGCCCAGAUCUUAAAAUCAAUUCUCCAAAGCUGAAUCUCAAAAGCCCCAAAAUUAAGGGUGGAAUUGAUACCCCAGACAUGGAUCUGACUCUGCCUCAAACUGAUUUCAAAAGCCCCAACCUAGAUGUCAAUUCUCCUGAUAUUGACCUUAAUGGCCCAUCAGGUAAAUUGAAUAUGACAAAACCAAAAAUGGCAAGUUUAAAUAUGUCAGGUUUAAAAGGGCCACAUAUGGAUGUUGACAUUGAUCAUCCUGACCUGAAUCUGACUGCAUCAACACCCAAACUAAAUGCUGGUAUAAGUAGUCCAGAUAUUGACAUUCAUGGACCUAAUGCUGAUCUCAAAGGUCCAAAAAUGGACUUGCCAUCUGGAAAAAUGAAACUGCCAAACUUAAAAAUGCCUAAAUUUGGUCUAUCAGGGCCCAAAUUGAAAACACCUGAUUAUGAUUUGAAUACCCCUGAAAUGGAUCUUUCAGCUCCAAAGAUUAGGGCAGACUUUGAUUCUCCAGAUCUAGACCUAGAUCAUAACCUUCAUGUCACAGCUCCUGACAUGAAUGUUGAUUUACCGAAAGGUAAAAUUACAGGACCAGAUUUGAAGACACCCGAUCUUGACAUGAAUGCCCCUUCAGGUAAACUGAAACUGCCAACAUUUGGGCUUUCUGGUAAGCCAAAAGGCCCAGAUCUUAAAAUCAAUUCUCCAAAGCUGAAUCUCAAAAGCCCCAAAAUUAAGGGUGGAAUUGAUACCCCAGACAUGAAUCUGACUCUGCCUCAAACUGAUUUCAAAAGCCCAAACCUAGAUAUCAAUUCUCCUGAUAUUGACCUUAAUGGCCCAUCAGGUAAAUUGAAUAUGGCAAAACCAAAAAUGCCAAGUUUAAAUAUGUCAGGUUUAAAAGGGCCACAUAUGGAUGCUGACAUUGAUCAUCCUGACCUGAAUCUGACUGCAUCAACACCCAAACUAAAUGCUGGGAUAAGUAGUCCAGAUAUUGACAUUCAUGGACCUAAUGCUGAUCUCAAAGGUCCAAAAUGGACAAGCCAUCUGGAAAAAUGAAACUGCCAAACUUAAAAAUGCCUAAAUUUGGUCUAUCAGGGCCCAAAUUGAAAACACCUGAUUAUGAUUUGAAUACCCCUGAAAUGGAUC